UUGGCGUUUGGAGGGAUGCUGUAGCGCUGUGCAAGGCAUUUGAAUUAGCUUUAGCAGAAGAGAAAUGGAGGAACCAUAGAAGAUUAAGGAUGAAUUCAGGAAGACCUGAGACCAUGGAAAACUUGCCUGCUCUCUAUACUAUUUUCCAAGGAGAGGUUGCUAUGGUGACAGACUAUGGAGCCUUUAUCAAAAUACCAGGCUGCCGGAAGCAAGGUCUGGUCCAUCGAACUCACAUGUCAUCAUGUCGUGUGGAUAAACCCUCUGAGAUUGUAGAUGUUGGAGAUAAAGUGUGGGUGAAGCUUAUUGGCCGAGAGAUGAAAAAUGACAGAAUAAAAGUAUCUCUCUCCAUGAAAGUUGUCAACCAAGGGACUGGAAAAGAUCUUGACCCCAACAAUGUUAUCAUUGAGCAAGAAGAGAGACGAAGGCGGUCCUUCCAGGAUUACACUGCACAGAAGAUCACCCUCGAGGCUGUCCUGAACACUACUUGCAAGAAGUGUGGUUGUAAAGGCCACUUUGCAAAGGAUUGUUUUAUGCAACCAGGAGGAACCAAAUACUCUCUGAUACCUGAUGAGGAAGAGGAGAAGGAAGAGGCAAAGUCAGCAGAGUUUGAAAAGCCUGACCCUACAAGGAAUUCUAGGAAAAGAAAGAAGGAAAAGAAGAAAAAGAAACACAGAGACAGAAAAUCAUCUGACUCUGACAGCUCAGACUCUGAGAGUGAUACAGGCAAGAGGGCAAGACACACAUCAAAAGACAGCAAGGCAGCAAAGAAGAAGAAAAAAAAGAAGAAGCACAAGAAGAAGCAUAAGGAAUGAUAAUAGAAAGAGGGGGUGGUUGAGAGAAGGGCCAGGAGUCUUAUGCCUUAAAGCCCUGGCUCCUUGAAAGCCUUGAUACUGAAGAAAUGCUUCCCAUCCCAUUGACUUCUCCAUCAUGCAGCUGACAGGUUUGGGGGUUAGAUGUCAAAAGCAUCUGCCUGAAUGAGUUGUUUCCUUAUCUUUUUUUGGUCCUUUUGCAAGUGACCCCAUGCAGCUCACCCAUUCAUUCAUUCAACUUCAUUCAGCAGAAGUUCCUAUUACAAUCUGCAGCUGCCACUGCCAGAGCCAAAUUCCUAUAAGGGACGGGGGAAAUCUAGGCUAGUCACAGGUGGUACUACUGCAGUGAGUCUGGCUAUAGUUGGGGUACAGAUUGACCCUCCCUGUUGGUCUGCCCUGUACUGAUUGUUGGGUGAUCUCUGCUGCAUCCAAUUUGAUGACAGAGGUGGAAUGGCAGUAUGGAGGAGAACAUGGUGAAAAGUGGUGCUCACUUUGUCCAUUCCCCUGAAUAUGAUUCUGUGCUAGAAAUGGUAACCAUUGUCACAGCCAGGAAACCAUUGUUUGCAAUAACUGAGCUUUUGUGU